AAGGAACUCUGCAAGUUUACCUCUAUUGCAGCAGGCUACAUUGUACUCUGCCGGAACACGACGUUUACCUAAAAAAUUGCCUUCAAAUAUAUAGCCCUACUAGUCAUACCUCUGCUUUCAUACUUGGUUGAGGCUUACAAAUAUCGGUAUUGUAACAAGGAGCUGGGAGGUGCUGCAAUUGGCGGCACGCCGCAGCUUCGCGGCACUUAAAAGCUAGCAAAAUGAUUAUCCCCGUUCGCUGCUUCACCUGUGGAAAGGUCAUCGGCAACAAGUGGGACACGUACUUGGAUUUGCUACAAGCUGGAUACAGUGAACAGGAGGCUCUAGACGGCUUGGGGCUUAGCCGGUAUUGCUGCCGCCGUAUGCUUAUGACCCACGUGGACUUGAUUGAAAAGCUUCUGAAUUAUAAUACCUUGGAGCGAUCAGCACAAGCACAGCAGAGGCCUGGGCAGUAACAAGACGUAAAUUCUGACGAGCAUGAGGGCCACAUUCAUGACAGGGUGGUGGCUGUUCCAAUUCUUAUGGUUAUGGUUGUGAAUCUUCCUCUUUUGCCAGUCGACGUUCCCACAAGAGUACCUGGACAGUUCGUGCUAUACACCUGAUGUGGAGGCGACACAUGUCGUGUGAGUUAGCAUGCCCAUGUCACGGGUGCACGGGAGCUCCGGGAGGUGCGGGAGCUGCGGAGCCAUGUCGGUGGCACAAGCCAACGUUGCAAGUUAUAAGUCCCGCACUCACGUUCGGGGGAGAAGGGGGUGAAAGAGCCUCGAGAUUGUCUUGCGUG